AUGCCCAAUCUUGGUAUGCGCGUCCGAACGCCCACAUAUCCGCCCAAUCGUGGCGACCAAGUAGAUGAAUUUCAGCAGCUCUGUGAGGUACAGAGCGACAAAGCAACCAUUGAAAUUACAAGUCGUUUCAAGGGAACAGUACAUCAGAUUCAGUUUGCCCCUGGUGACAUAGUAAAGGUCGGUGAAACCUUACUUAAGAUGAUUGUCAACGGCAGUCAAGUUGUACCUCAUGAUAGCCUAGCUUCAUCCCCUGACAUUCAACCUGGAGCGGAUACUUCUACAAGUCCUUCAAGGGAAGGCAAUGCUCCUCGUGGGUCUCUCUCCACACCAGCCGUCAGGCAUCUAGUGAAGCAGUAUGGGCUCAACAUAGAUGAUAUUCAGGGUACAGGAAAAGAUGGUAGAGUUUUGAAAGAAGAUGUGCUGAAUUACGCUGCCAGAAAGGGUCUUCUCCAGGAGCCGCCAUCAGCUUCGGAAGAGAAUGUUGGUCAAGUUGAGUUAGAGGGAGGAAAACCAUUACUUGAUCCACAGUUUUAUGAAGAUAAGAGAAUUCGUCUCAGGGGAUACCAGAGAGCAAUGGUGAAAUCAAUGACCCUGGCUGCAAAAGUACCACAUUUUCAUUAUCUGGAGGAAAUAAACUGUGAUGCUCUUGUACAACUUAAGGCAUCAUUUCAAAAGGAGAAUAAAGACCAUGAUGUCAAGCAUACCUUCCUUCCAUUCCUCAUAAAAUCUCUUUCUGUGGCACUUAGUAAAUAUCCAUUGUUGAACAGCUCUUUCAUUGACGAAACAAAUGAAGUUAUUCUCAAAGGAUUCCAUAACAUCGGAGUAGCUAUGGCUACAGAACAGGGAUUAGUGGUGCCAACCAUCAAGAAAGUCCAGUCACUUUCUAUAUUGGAGAUCACAAAGGAAUUGUCAAGAUUACAUGAGAUGGCACUGCAAAACAGACUAAGCACCAACGAUAUCACCGGUGGAACCAUAACACUGAGCAACAUAGGUGCCAUCGGUGGCAAGUUUGGCUCUCCUGUUCUCAACCUGCCCGAAGUUGCGAUCAUUGCGCUCGGCCGCAUUCAGAAGCUCCCUCGCUUUGAUGAUGACGAAAACGUUUACCCGUCCUCGACAAUCAAUGUGACCGUUGGAGCCGAUCACAGAGUCGUCGACGGUGCCACGGUUGCAAGGUUUUGCAACGAGUGGAAAAGCCUGGUGGAAAAGCCAGAGCUGCUCUUGCUGCACAUGCGAUGA